GGCGCGGCGCUCACUGCUGCGGCUUGGGAGAGAGAGGCCGGGCAGGCGGCGGGCGGCGCGGCUCGCAACCCGAUUGACCGACUGACCCUCAGGCUGACGGGCUGACUGGCGGACGGCGGAGGCGGGAGUCAGAAGCGGCGCCGGGCGACGCUGAGAACCAGCGCUUCAGGUUCCGCGGCCGCCGUUCGGUCGGUGUGCUGAAUGAAGCGCCCGCCCCGCUGAGCCCCGAGCCCGGCGCGUUCCCCGCAAGAUGGACGGUUUCGCCGGCAGCCUCGACGAUAGCAUUUCUGCUGCAAGCACCUCUGAUGUUCAAGAUCGCCUCUCAGCUCUGGAGUCACGAGUUCAGCAACAGGAAGAUGAGAUCACUGUGCUGAAGGCAGCGCUGGCUGAUGUUUUGAGGCGUCUUGCAAUCUCUGAAGAUCAUGUAGCCUCAGUGAAAAAGUCCAUGCCAAGUAAAGGCCAACCAAGUCUUCGAGAAGCUAUUUCUAUGUCCUGUAUAACCAAUGGAAGUGGUAUAAACAGAAAACAGAAUCAUACCAGCUCUAUAUCGAUAGCAAGAAAAGAAACUCUUUCUUCAGCUGCUAAAAGUGGUACAGAAAAAAAGAAAGAAAAGCCACAAGGACAGAGAGAAAAAAAAGAGGAAUCUCAUUCUAAUGAUCAGAGCCCACAAAUCCGAGCAUCACCUUCUCCCCAGCCCUCUUCACAGCCUCUCCAAAUAAACAGACAAACUCCAGAGAGCAAGAGUUCUGCUCCCACCAAAAGCAUAAAACGUCCACCAACAGCUGAAAAGUCACAUAACUCAUGGGAAAAUUCAGAUGAUAGUCGUAAUAAAUUAUUGAAAACGGUUUCAACAUCAAAACUAAUAUCAAAGGUUAUAAAAAAUUCAGACAAACAUAAAGAUGUCAUCGUCAAUCAAGCAAAAAUGUCAACCCGGGAGAAAAGCAGCCAAGAAGGAGAAUAUAUUAAAAUGUUUAUGCGAGGUCGGCCAAUUACAAUGUUCAUUCCUUCGGAUGUUGACAACUAUGAUGACAUCAGAACAGAACUGCCUCCUGAGAAGCUCAAACUGGAGUGGGCAUAUGGUUAUCGAGGAAAGGACUGUCGAGCAAAUGUUUACCUGCUUCCCACGGGGGAGAUAGUUUAUUUCAUCGCUUCAGUAGUGGUCCUGUUUAAUUAUGAGGAGAGGACUCAGCGACACUACCUGGGUCAUACAGACUGUGUGAAAUGCCUCGCUAUACAUCCUGACAAGAUUAGGAUGGCAACUGGACAGAUAGCCGGAGUGGACAAGGAUGGAAGGCCUCUGCAGCCCCAUGUCAGGGUGUGGGAUUCAGUAAGUCUUUCCACGCUGCAUGUUAUUGGACUUGGAACUUUUGAGCGUGGAGUAGGAUGCCUGGAUUUUUCAAAAGCAGACUCGGGUGUUCACUUAUGCGUUAUUGAUGACUCCAAUGAACACAUGCUUACUGUGUGGGACUGGCAGAGAAAGUCCAAAGUAGCAGAAAUAAAGACAACAAACGAAGUUGUUUUGGCUGUAGAAUUCCACCCAACAGAUGCAAAUACAAUAAUAACAUGUGGUAAAUCUCAUAUUUUUUUCUGGACCUGGAGUGGCAAUUCGCUAACAAGAAAACAGGGAAUUUUUGGGAAAUAUGAAAAACCAAAAUUCGUUCAGUGUUUGGCAUUCUUGGGGAAUGGAGAUGUUCUCACUGGAGACUCAGGAGGAGUCAUGCUUAUCUGGAGCAAAACUACCAUUGAGCCCCCGCCCGGGAAAGGACCUAAAGGUGUAUAUCAGAUCAGCAGACAGAUCAAAGCUCAUGACGGCAGUGUGUUUACGCUUUGUCAGAUGAGAAAUGGGAUGCUAUUAACUGGAGGCGGGAAAGACAGAAAAAUAAUUUUGUGGGAUCACGACCUGAACCUUGAGAGAGAAAUUGAGGUUCCUGAUCAGUACGGCACGAUUCGAGCAGUUGCAGAAGGAAAGGCAGAACAGUUUUUAGUGGGCACAUCACGCAACUUUAUUCUACGGGGAACAUUUAAUGAUGGCUUCCAAAUAGAAGUUCAGGGUCAUACAGAUGAACUCUGGGGCCUCGCAACACAUCCUUUCAAAGAUUUGCUUUUGACGUGUGCUCAGGACAGGCAGGUGUGCAUGUGGAACUCAGUGGAGCACAGGCUGGAGUGGACCAGGCUUGUGGACGAACCAGGACACUGUGCAGACUUUCAUCCAAGCGGUACAGUGGUGGCCAUCGGAACACACUCAGGCAGGUGGUUUGUUCUGGAUGCAGAAACAAGAGAUCUGGUAUCAAUCCACACAGAUGGGAAUGAGCAGCUCUCGGUGAUGCGCUACUCAGUGGAUGGUACUCUUCUGGCUGUGGGAUCUCAUGACAACUUUAUUUACCUCUAUGCAGUCUCAGAAAAUGGAAGAAAAUACAGCAGAUAUGGAAAGUGCACUGGACAUUCUAGCUACAUCACACACCUUGACUGGUCUCCAGACAAUAAGCAUAUAAUGUCUAACUCGGGUGACUACGAGAUACUGUACUGGGACAUUGAAAAUGGCUGCAAACUAAUCAGGAACCGAUCAGAUUGUAAGGACAUCGAUUGGACAACAUACACCUGUGUGCUAGGCUUCCAAGUCUUUGGUGUCUGGCCAGAAGGAUCCGAUGGAACAGACAUCAACGCCCUGGUUCGAUCCCACCAUAGAAGGGUGAUAGCCGUGGCCGAUGAUUUCUGUAAAGUUCAUCUGUUUCAGUAUCCCUGCUCCAAACCAAAGGCUCCUAGUCACAAGUACAGUGCCCACAGCAGCCACGUGACCAACGUCAGUUUUACUCACAAUGACAGUCACCUCAUUUCAACCGGUGGGAAGGAUAUGAGCAUCAUUCAGUGGAAGCUGGUGGAAAAGUUACCUUUGCCUCAAAAUGAGGUCACAGCAGACACCAGUUUAACCAAAGCCCCUGCCUCUGCCACUGAAAACGCCAGGCUGUGUAACCCUCCACAGCCUCCUUCCCAGCCGUUCCCUGGGACGGCAGAAGAAGAAAGCAGAGUAAGCAGCUCCCCCACGCUCGUGGAGAACAGUCUGGAGCAGGUCGCGGAGCCCAGCGAGGAGCAGAGCGAGUGGGGCAGCGAAGACCUUGGUGUGGUGAUUGAUGAAGAGCCUGCUAGUGAGCUAGGGGAGAAGCAGGGAGCAGCCGAGGCGUCUGAGGAGGAGCAAGGCGCGGCUCCCCUGUGCUGAAAACCACGUUCCCGUGCUCCUCUGCUGCUGCGAUGUGACGGAGCCCAGGUAACAGGAUGCAGUGAUGGGGGUCACUGUGGGUGGAGGUUUGUGUCCCAUGAGAUCAGAUGCUCUCCGCAGUCCGGUACGCCGUCAGUGGUUAGAGCAAACCAGGAGACAAUGUAAUCAGACUUAAAUAGCAGAAGGAGACUGGAGGUGGGUCUAAGAAAUCAACGUGUGUGGUGCAGAACUGGAAAGAACUGCAGCUGUGCCCAUUGGAAGAACCUGGUGUCUGAAUGUGAUUUCCUUGCCAACAGCUGGAGGCCUCGCCUCACAGGCACCAUCGCUCACUUGGCUGCCAUUUUUUCCUGAUGCAAAAAAAGAAAGCAGGAAAAAGUGCUCUUAUUGUGAUACCAUCCCACUCAGAUGUCUAACGGGAACUUCUUCUUGACUAAAGAGAAUUUCGGUCUUGCCACGUGCGAUGGCAUUGCCUUUCCAUGGGAUACUGCGUUUCCUUACACUACCCGAGAUGUCCAGACGUGCUUGGUAGGCUACUUGUAGGUGCUGCCUUUCUAAGUUUCCACGAGGACCCGUCCUCAGUGGCUUGUGUACAAACUGCCUUAUCCCAGAAGCAAGCCGUGGUUUGUUGAAGAGCUUUUGGUGUAUAGUGAACCGUGAUCCUGAAAGCCGGUUCUCCAAGGAGUCCUUCACUGGCCCAAACAUUCUCAGCGUUUGGCGUUCAAGGGAAUGGAGGAAAAACCACAUGCCUUUACCAGAUGAACUGUAACAAAGACCGCUAACCGUCGCUAGCCUUCAGCACUAUCUGUUCCCUCAGUAGAUAAACACAGUCGUUAAAUGGUCGAAUUGGUGCUUGAAAUUCAUUGGUCUAGUUGUAAUUUUUAUACAGAUUACACCAGGAGAUAAGAUGUCUUUUUACAGAAGUGUAAUAGUCACAGUGCCGCCUGUAGGCCGCACCCUUUGCAGACGUGUGCCACCUGUGGGCACUCCUUCCUCUGUGAGCCUCGCAACCCUUGUAUGGCUAGCUUUGGUCUGGGCAGUGCAUGUGUUAGUAUACGUGGGUAAGUUGGGCUUUUGUAAGUUUUGUCAGAUAACUAUUUUUCUCAAGUAUGUGUUUCCUACUUAAAUUACUGACAAGUGUGCGUUUCCUAUGUUUGUUUAUACGUUGAUUACAAAACUUUAUUUUUUUUUAACUUGCUACAUUGUUUUCAUAUGUUUUUGUUGUUGGAUUAUGUAACUUUUCCUAAGUUCAGAAGUCUUAAAUGUGCAAGCGUUUACGUGAUUGUGCCAUUCCAGAGUGCGUCAGAACUGUCAUUCCCUUCCAGUACCUUCUCAGGAGUAACAUAUCAGGUAUGUCAUCAUCGCUUGGAACCGUGAACGCCAAGGACACUGAGACACUAUCCACACACUGCGCAGGUGUGUGGAGGGACAGCAGAGAGCAGUGCACCUAAGGAAGAUGCAGCCCCAAGUGUGCUCAGUGAAAGUCUGUGUCUAGGUCUACGUCCAUGUAUCUCUCUCCUUUUGUUUACAACUUUUUUUUAAUUAAGUGGAAAAAAAAAAAAAAAAACCUCACCUCAACGUAGCUCUCUUCCAAAGAGGAGAUUUCAAGCCACCUGACUUUCAGUUUCGUCUCUACCCAGUUGUCAGAGAGCACAGCUUCAGCAUCUCUGCCCGCCAGCUAGCAGUGGGGAUGAAAUCAAGUCCUUGCAAAUGGAUGCUAGGAGAUGAACAAGCAAUCGGAGGAGAAGAACGUGUGCUUCUCUCAGUGCCUGGAGGAUGCAGCUGUCCACAAGCAGGGACUUUGGGGACAUCUGUCUGUCACCUUCGGGGUUGCCAUGUACAGUGAGAUUUAUAAUCACGAUACUCUUGGGUGGUAGUUUCCAAAGACACUACUAAUGUGCAGAGAGCGCUCCAGCCUGUAGUGCUGGCAACUACUGUUUCACGUCAGUCAGAGCUGUGACGGGGUGGGAGGAUGCGGAUUAUGACUCUGUUAGAAAAGCUUGUGAAUGAAAAUGAACCCAAGUGUUUCAUGUGAAGAUGAGCCAUUUCUCUCAUGCAUUCCGGUGUCAUGGCAGAAAACUUUGAAGAUAAAAACAUGAUAAUCAAA